GUAAGCCGGGGGUGGGGGGCACCUGUGCCGCCCCCUCCUCUCCCCGCACCAGGGGGCGGCUGAUUUGGGGUGCUGGUGGAUGUGAGCGCGGUGCUGGUGCCGAGGGGGAUGCCGUGACCCCCGUCCCGGGAAGGCUGGUCUUUCCCAGGGUGUGGCUGGAUGGUUUUGGGGGGGUCUGUGCCGCCAGCGGGGGGGACGGGGCUGGCCAGGACCGCGAUGUCCCGCGUGGGAUGAUGCCAGGGGGGAGCAGCAUUGCAGGGGGCAGAUGCAGAGGAAGGGGUGAGCCCACGUGCCAGGAGCACGGAGCAGGCGAGGGCUCUGCCACCAGCGCGUGCCGGAGUGGCCGGGGUUUGGUGCAGAGAGGAGGAGGAGGAUGGAAAGAGGUCAUGGGGUCUGGCUCAGGUGAUGCUUCUACUGGCAGACAUAGGAGCAAGGACAGGGUGGGUGGUUGCAUGCCCGCCCCAGGAGGAGAUUUAGGGAUGGAGCAGGCCCUAAAUGACGUCUCGAGCCUAAAAUCCCAGGAAGGGCUGCUGGUGUGUGGUGAGGAUGGUGAUGGAUCGACAGGGAUGGUCUCACCUGCUCUGGGGGGCUGCUGGGGGGUGACCAACUGGCGCCAGGGUGGGGGGUGGAGGGCACAGGGUGACCCCCUGGUGAUUGAGGUGGUUUUGGGAGAUGGCAAAGAGCUCAGCUGUGUUGGAUGUUUGGAUGAGGGCGUUGGUGCUGGGGGGGUCCGGCAGUGGGUUGUGGUUGUGCGAGGGGCACCACCAGGGGUGGUGGCGAGGAGACCCUUGGGGAAGGGUUUUGCUGCUGCUGUGUGUUUGGGGCUGCUGCCAGUGUUGGGGUUGGAGGGUGAUGGAAGUGUUAAAUCCAGAGCUGGUGGCAACGGAGCCGUGCGUGGGCCUGGGGGAAAGCGGGGCAAGGAGAAAGAGUUUCCUUUUCUUCCAUCCUUUUUUCACUUCCCUUUCCCUUCCCAAAAUAAUCUUGGCAAACCAGGGAAAAAAGCAGAUUUAGGAAAAAAACCCACCUUUUCCUUGAAGAUUUCAACUCCUGCACUUCUUUCUUCCCUUCUGUUGCUCAUUUGGGAGAUUCCCCCUAACGCUUUGGGUGGGAAUUGGGAAGUUUGUCACCAGCUCUGGGGGAAAGGCUGCAAACUGCUUCUGCCAGCCCAGAGCUUGGUCAGGGGUGAGGGGCCCUCAAUAUUCCAGGGGUCCCUCUGCAGGGGUCCCUCUGUGCUGCUGGGGUGAGCAUCCACUGGAUGAGGGAGGAUAUUCCCAGCCAUGCCUUGGUCGUGCCAUCCCUGGUGCCACAUCCUGCCUUUCCUUCCCAUCGCUCUGGCUGAGGGCACAAUUUGGGAACGUUUGGGGGAUUUUCACCACCCAAAGUGGCAAAAAUUCAUCCCUGUCCACCUCUCCCAGGGCUGUGGGCGAGUCCAUAACUGUGGGCUUCAGCUGAACGUUUGCUCUUGCUUCCCUUUCCCAUAUUCAUCCUUUUUCUCCACCUUCCCCUCUCACUUCCCUUUUCUUUCUUCUCUUUUUUUUUCUUUCCUUUCUCUUUUUUCUCCUUUUCUAUCUUGUUUUGCUUUGUUUUGUGGUUUGUUUUUUUUUUUUUCUCUUCCACAAAAAAAUCCCAACCAGAUCCAUAAACCAAGUAUUAUGUUUUCACUACCUCCAUCCAUCACCCUUCCCUGUCCAAUGCCAGAAGCCAUGCUCGGGAUCUAAGAGGGCCUUUCCCCCUUUAUUUUCCCCUUUCCUCCAGAGAUUUUUUUUUUCUCCUCUGUGUCCUUCUGCCCCUCCUCUCUCUGUUCUCUCACCUGUAGUGUUUUACCUGGCUACUGUAACUGUAAAUAGCGAGUUUCAAUCUGUUAGCGAUGGUAACAGUACAGAAAACUGGUUUUGGGUUUGGGGGGUUUUU